CCUUUGCUUCAAUGUUGAAACGAUUAGUUAACUUUUUUUCCACUUAAUCAAAUUUAACCAUUUAAGAUUAAUGAUUAUUAAAACAAAUGAGAUGAUUGCCAGUGGCGAAGCUUGUGUUAAUUUUAUCAAACUAAUAUUUCCAGGUUAAGCUGUGUUGUCUUUAUUGGUAUUAAUAUUUUAAGUCUUCAGUGAAUUACAUCUUUAGUUCUUAAACGGUUAUUUUGGUAAUUUUAUUGCUCUUUUGUUUUACCCAUUCAUUUAAACGUAUAAUUUUGCUUGAUUAUUGUGCUUAAAGUAUUUAAAUCAUGGAUUCUUCAAGAUUAAAUGGAAAAAAUUCGAUCUCAUCAAACAGAUCUGAUCGUCCAAUUUGUAUUGUCGGUGGUGGUUUGGUUGGAUCAAUGGCUGCCUGUACCUUAGCUAAGCGUGGAUAUCAAGUUAAACUUUACGAGAUGCGAGAAGAUAUCCGAAAAAUGGAGGUUGUCAGAGGGAAAUCUAUCAAUUUAGCUUUAUCGGAACGUGGUAGAAGUGCUUUUCGCUUGCUUGGACUGGAGGAUGAAAUGCUCAACAAUUAUGCCAUUCCGAUGAAAGGAAGAAUGAUUCAUGAAACCAGUGGACGUAAACGCUUUAUUCCUUAUGGACGGGAAGAUCAAGCCAUUUAUUCAAUUAGUCGUCGUCAUCUAAAUGAAGCGCUUCUAAAUUUUGCCGAGAAAAUGCAAAAUAUUGAAAUUCACUUUUCUCACAAAUUGGUUAACUGUAAUUUAGAUAAAGGAGAAUUGGAAUUCAAAGAUUUAAAUACUAAAUCAACCAAAUCUGAUGAAGCUUCGGUCAUCAUUGGUUGUGAUGGUGCGCAUUCAAAAGUACGCUUAGAACUCAUGAAAAGAACGAGAUUGAAUUUUUCACAAACCUACAUUGACCAUGGUUAUCUUGAAUUAUGUAUUCAGCCAGACCCAAUAACUGGUAAUCACGCACUAGAAGUUAAUUAUCUUCAUAUUUGGCCCAGAGGAACAUUUAUGAUGAUUGCUUUGCCCAAUCUCGAUAAGACUUAUACAGUCACAUUGUUUAUGCCUUUUCGCCAAUUUAAAGCCAUCAAAACACCAGAAAAACUCAUUGAUUUCUUCACUACCUACUUCCCUGAUUCAAUUCCUUUGAUUGGAAGAGAAAAUUUGAUCAAAACAUUUUUCGAUGUUGGGCCAAGUCCUCUUAUAUCUGUCAAGUGUGAUCCUUAUCAUUAUAAAGAUAGAGCUUUGAUUAUUGGUGAUGCUGCUCAUGCCAUGGUUCCUUUUUAUGGACAAGGAAUGAACUGCGGUUUUGAAGAUGUAACCAUUUUAAACGAAUUGCUGAAUGAAAGUCACUUACCCCAGUCAUUGGCCAAAUUUAGUGCAAUCAGGGUUAAGGAUGGUCAUGCAAUUUGUGAACUUGCUUUGUACAAUUACAUCGAGAUGAGAGAUUUGGUUAAUUCUCGAUUAUUCCUGCUUCGCAAACGAUUUGAUAAUAUUCUCAAUUUCCUAAUGCCAAAUUAUUGGGCUCCGCUUUACUCUAUGGUCACCUUUUCAAGAACUCCUUACUCGCAAUGUAUAGCUGCUAAACAACGCCAAGAUAAAGUAAUCACAUUCACAACAGCUAUCCUUUCAACGACUGGACUUUUUGGACUCAUUUAUCUUAUUAAUAAACCAACGCGGCUAGAAAAGUCCAUUGGUCUUAUAAACUCAGCAACGAGUCAUAUACUAUCUUAUAAGCCUAACUUUGGUAAAAUUUGGUAAAAAUUGCCAAUUCACUUAAAAGUAGCGAAAUUAUUUUGAGAUUAUCUUUAAACAUCGCAAUUGUCCAAUUUAAAACAAGCUAUUUUUUAAAAUUGGUCGCCAUUUGAAACAAAUGCUGUCUUUUAUGACUUUGUCACAUUGAGGGUUAUAAAUUAAGAAUGUAUCAAGAUUUUUUAUAAAUGUCUUGAUAAAGUUACCCAAAAUUGUCUUCCCAUGUAUUUGUAUGCAUAAUUUUUAAUGACUUUAUUAGAUAAUCAUUUACUUCUUA